AUGGUAAAAAUAGGUGAAGGGACUCUUACUGAGCGGGACAAAUGGAAUAGACUUACUCACGAACAAGUCAAGACAUUAGUGAUUGAAAUCAAUCUUCAAGUAAGCCAAAUCAUUAAGGAAAUUCAAGUGGAAUUAGAACAACUGACAAUUAAAUCCCCCCUUCAUGAAUGGUGUAAUAUGGUUUUUCGAUUCGAAAGAAAAUUGAAAGCUCUUAGCGACAGCUUUCCACCUUAUUCAGCGGAGAGUUAUAGAUCGUUGGGUGAGCUACGACACAGAAAUAUUCUGAGAGAGUUUAAGGAGUUCUGUGAGCGGAGGGACUAUCAAGAGCGUUAUUUAGGAUUAAAAGCUGAGAUUUUAGCUCUGGAAGAAAUCGUUCUGGAGCAAGGCAAAGUGAGAAGCAAACAAAAAGAAAUAAAAAAGCAAAUUACAGAGCUCGCAAAGCAGAUGGACUCUGAUCACGCAGCUCUUGAGGAUGCAAAAACGGGUAUUCAAAACAUCACUAGUACAAUAAUCAGGGAGAAAAAAUCCAUGCAGAGAGAAAUAUCACAGAUGAAAGGUAGUAGAGCUAAUGCGCUGCAAAGGCUGACAGAGCUCAGACAGACAUUGAAGCAAAAGGAGAUAUUAUUAAAGGAAACCACAGAGCAAAGACAACGAGUAGAGGCCGCUUUGGAAAAAGAAAAAAAGGAAAACCGACGACUCAAGAAGAUUCUGAAUGAAAGUUUGGUAUAA